UUAAUUUAUGGGUGAGUGUAAGCCACUCAUUGGUGGAUGCUUGCCUCUAGUCAGUUUUAUUUUCACUAUUGGUCAUUGGAUAUAUGUGCAGCAUGAAUUCUGCUUUCACAGCCUUUGGAAUUUACUAUUUCCCCACAGGUUCAGCCAGGAACUAGUGGCUUAGACGGUCCCCAUGCAUUUGCUCCUGGGAAGACAUAGCCUUGGGCUUGUGCACAGCCUUUCAGUACAUUAGGGAUGAGUGUGAUUUUAUUUUUAAUCCUGGCUUACUAGGAGUCACCCCUAGGUCAGAGUAGCUUUUUGGUGAAAGGUUGUACUUCAGUCCAUUGAACCAGGAAAGUUUCUGCCUUUUGCAGAUAUCUGUGUGGCUUGGGAAAUGCAUUUAAAUAGACUCCACUUUCUGUUGCUGAUUUGGUGCAGCCUAGUGCAUGCACAGGCCCUUAAAGCUAAAUGUGAGCAUAGGAGAAAUUUUCUUGGUGGUUUCUUCCACUUUGUUAAGCUAAUGGCAGGUUGCUAUUUCACUUUUUUUUUUUCCCUGCUAGUAUCACAGAGCUCUGUAUUGCUCACCAAUAAGACCUCUAUUGUUUUAAGCAAUACCUUUAGUGUGAACUAAUCCUAACCCUCUUCUUUCAAAUAAAUUCAGUCACCUCAGACAGAGCUGCAGAGCACUAAUUUUUUCAGCUUGCCUAUCAUUCUGGGCACAAUAUUUGUGCCACUGCACUAGAUCUGAGGAUGGCAGCCUGCUACAGUUGGAGUGAAAUGAGUAGCUUAUGAGUGCUCACAGGGAAGGGGGAUGGUAUCCAUUUGUCUUUUCACUUGCUGUAUUAGUCUAUUUUCUAUUACUAUAACAAAAUACCAGGGGGCUGGGUACUUUGUAAAGGAAGGAUAUUUAUCUCACAGAUCUGGAGGUUCAAGAUCAUAGUGCUAGUAUCUGCUCAGCUCUGAUGAGGGCCUUCUGGCGAUUAUAUCACAACACAGCAGAUUGCAUCAUGGUGGGAAACAUGUGCAAGAGGGUGGAAUCAUAUGGUGACAGGAAGCCAGAGAAACUUCAGGGCCAGGUUAUUUUUAAAAUAAUUAUCAUGUGAACUAACUGGGGUCCUAUGAGAGCUACACUAAUCCUUUCCAAGAGAAGCACCCUCAAUGAGUUAAGCACGUCCUCUAGGCCGCACCUUUUCGAGGUUCCUCCAUCUCAACACUGCCUCCCUGGGGACCAUAUGUCAACUACAAGAAUCCAGGCUGGACGUCUGGAGCGCGACCCUAGGCAGCGGUCUCCAUCGAGGACUGCCACCCCAGCAGCGCCUGCCCCUUGGUCCAGAAGGAGUGAGGUCGAGGGAAACUCAGGAAGCCACACCCCCAUGUCGUGGUCCUAGCUCGCCGCCUGCCGCCGCGUGCGCCCGGUGGUCGCCAUCGGCAGCCAACCCGGCCGCGAGGGGGCGCCGCAGGGCCCGCGCACCAUGGCGUCCCGGGGCGGCUGCCUGGGCCUGCUGGCCUGGCUCCUGCUCCUGCAGCUGCAGCUCGGCGAGGCCUACGCAUCCGCCGUGCCCCUCACGUCCUCUGGGCCCACGAGCGGCGAGGUUUCCGGGGCCAGCGGGCAGGAGGGGCCUACAGGGGAGUCGGUGGCGCACACAGACACCCCGUCCAUGCAGACUCGCACCCAGGUGGCUCCCACGCACGGCCCGAUCGGGGUGCUGCCGCACCUGCUGGCGUUCUCCUCGGGUGAGCACGCCCCAGUGUGUGGCCGGCCCUUCCUGAAGAUUGUUGGAGGCUUUAACGCCGAGGAGGGGAAGUGGCCCUGGCAGGUGAGCGUGCGCAACAGGGAGAAGCACGUGUGCGGAGGCUCUCUCAUCACCGCGCAGUGGGUGCUGACCGCCGCGCACUGCAUCAUAAGUCAUUUGCAGUACAGCGUGAAGAUGGGAGAUCGGCGUCUCAGUACACAAAAGACAAGUCUGGUGAUCCCCAUCCGGAACAUCAUUGUCCAUCCUAAGUUCAGAACAGCUGCAACGGUUAUAAAUGACAUUGCCCUUCUUCGCCUCCUCUACCCUGUGAAUUUUACCUCUACUAUCCACCCUAUCUGCGUCCCUUCUGAGCUUUUCCAUGUGCAAACUGGGACCAAGUGCUGGGUGACUGGGUGGGGCAAAACAAAACAAGAAGCGGACAUGAAUUCAACAGAGAUUCUACAGGAAGUGGACCAACAAAUCAUCCUUUACCAAGAAUGUAAUGAGAAGAUACAGAAAGCCUUGUCAUCUAAAAGGGAUCUGGUCUUGAAAGGGAUGAUAUGUGGUGAUACUAAAAAAGGAAAGGAUGCUUGUCAGGGAGACUCUGGGGGCCCCAUGAGCUGUGAGUUUAAUGAGACCUGGAUCCAGGUGGGGAUUGUGAGCUGGGGCGUUACCUGUGGUCACUCAGACUUUCCUGGAGUUUACACUUAUCUCAGCUUCUACAGCAAGUGGGUGGUUGCAACGGUGAACCAGGCUGUUCCUUUGUAUUCGGUGAUGUUCCUCAUUCUACUGGAGUGUCUUACGCUGCCUGUGGGCAUCCUGGUGACUCUAUGAUCACCCUGGCCCAUUCCCCUCCUAUUUCUGGGUCUCCCACUAGGCCUCCAAUCUCUUUUGCCUUUUCAAUGCCCUUUAUUUUUUUAUUUAUUUUUGGUACUGGGAUUGAACUCAGAGGCACUUGACCACUGAGCCACAUCCCCAGCCCUAUUUUGUAUUUCAUUUAGUCUCACUGUAUUGCUUAGCAUCCCGCUUUUGCUGAGGCUGGCUUUGAACUGGAGAUCCUCCUACUUCAGCCUCCUGAUUUGCUGGGAUUUUAGGCAUGAGCCACCAUGCCAAGCUCAAUGCCUUUUCUUCAAAUUCUGGUUGGAAUCGCUUGCCCCUGGGGAGCCCCACAGUGGAGCCUGGCAGGGGACUGGGGCCUGCAAGGUGUUCCAGCCUGGUGCCCUGCUCACCUGCCUCAACCAACCUAUGCCUGACCCAUACUCUACCUGCUGGGAAUAUGGAUGAACUGAUUCUAGCUAGAGGGCCAGCAGGCCUGCCACUCGGAGUGUGAUGACUCAGGGACACCUUGGAGAACAUCUACCAAAGGAGAGAAUUCAUCACGGUGAAGGAAGCUGAACCUGGCCCUGGUUUCAGGGUCUCCCUGGGAGUUUGUCACACCAACCUGCAAGGUGAUUGCAGAGGCAGUGAAGGAGGCCCUAGCAGGUCCCUGCAGAGGUGUGAGGCCUGGGACUUUAGCAUCUGGCUUGGUGCCUGGAGCUGGCACAGGUUUCCCUGUACCCAGUGUGGCUCUGUGCCCCACGGGGCACCCCAGACUGGCACCUAUUCCUCAGGGCCCUAGUGGCUGCAUUGGGGGACACUCCAAGUUGUGUUGAGGCAGUUUUGAGUGUGGACAUUUCAGAUGU